UGUAGAGAGAGAGAAAUAGAAAUGGAAAUGGUGGUGAAUGUCAAGGCAACCCACAUUGUUCGGCCGGCGGAGGCACGGCCGGACGAAAGCAUGUACAUAAAUUCGUGCGAUCAAAUCAAAGACAUCGCACACACUCCCACAAUCUACUUGUACAACCACUCCCCCUCAUUGGAGGCCACUAAUGCCGUUACCGUACUGAAAGAUUCUCUUAGCAAAGCCCUAGCUCUCUUCUACCCUCUGGCCGGCCGUCUCCGCUGGUCAGAGGCAGGAGGCAGCAGGGUGGAGCUCCACUGCAGCGGCCAGGGCGUCCCCAUCUUCGAGGCCGAGACCGACGCCGCCAUCGCGGAUUUCGAAGACUUCACCCCAACUAAAGCAAUCCAAGCCCUAAUCCCCUCCGUCGACUACACCGCCCCGCUCGAUCAGAUCCCCCUGGUGAUCGCGCAGCUCACGCGCUUCCGCUGCGGCGGCGUCUGCCUCGGCCUCGGCAUAUCGCACGUGAUGGCGGACGGCCCCAGCGCGCUCCACUUCGUCACCGAGUGGACGAAGUUCGCGCGCGGGGCCGGCCCCAUCGCGCCACCCUUCCUCGACCGGAAGGCCGUCGAGAUCGACGACGAGUCGCGCCGCUUCGAGUUCGACCCGGCCGUCCUCCGCCGGCCGCCGCAGCUGAUCGGGGCGGAGGACAGCCUGGAGCAGCGGAGGAAGCCGAUCGCGGUCGCCUUCCUCCCGCUCAGCAAGGUCCAGAUCGAGAAGCUGCGGGGCAAGGCCAACCUCGGCCGCGUGGGCGCCGGGCGCGGCUACAGCCGGUUCGAGUCCGUGGCCGCGCACAUCUGGCGGUGCACGAGUGAGGCGCGCGGCCACGCGGCCGAGCAGCAGACGAGCCUCCACUUCGUGGCGGACUUCCGCAACAAAUUAAACCCACCCCUCCCGAAGAACUACUUCGGCAACGCCCUGAUCCGCGUGGAGGCAACGGAUAAGUCCGGGAGCCUCCUCGCGGAACCGAUCGGGGCGGCGUCGAGGAAGAUACGGGAGGCGGUGGAGAAGGUGACGGACGAGGGCGUGAGAGGGUACUUGGAGUACUUGAAAAAGUUGGAGGAUGUUGGACGGUUCAGAUCACUCGACAACAACGGGCGGCCCAAAGGGGACUUCUAUGGGAAUCCGAAUCUGGCGAUCAUAAGCUGGGUCGGGUUGCCCCUGUACGGGACGGAUUUCGGGUGGGGGAAUGAGAUCCAUGUAGGACCCGGGCCCAUGGGAUUUGAUGGCAAAACCUUCCUGAUUCCGGAUCGGGAAGGAGAUGGUGCGCUCAACGUAGCCAUAUGGCUGCAGGAGGAUCAUAUGCCGGCUUUUAAGAAAUGUUUCUAUCAUAAUAUUUGAUUUUAUUUUUAUUAAUUAAUCCACGUUUCAUCAAUCGUGGUGUCUGUAUACCAAGUCUUUUCUUGGUGGUGUUGUGAUAAUAUGUUUCCAAUUGAAUAUAUAUCAAUAUAUGUGCGUUGGAUGCAGUCA